AUGGUGACGACGUGCCGUCUGCUGUGCGCCCUGCUGGUGCUCGCCCUGUGCUGCUGCCCGUCCGUGUGCGUGAUGGCGAACGUUGUCGCGGAAAAAGAUGGCCCCUCUGAAUCAGAGACUCCGCCUGAGGAACCGGGACGGGGGGCCAAUUCUUUAAAUUCAAAUACCCUUACGUUCCCAGAGGCGGGUAAAUCCGGUUUGCAAGAUAAAGCACAUAAUGCCGUUGAGGGAAAGGGACCAGGUGUGUCGUCUACUGAACAAACUAAAAGAGGAAGUGCGCCUGCUCAGUCAGGACCAGGCGUUGGUGACAUCGAUUCGCCAGGUGCAACGGGUAAUUCCGGUAAGUCGGUGGUAAACAAUUCAGAGCAGGAUAAGGAAGUGUCAAAAAAUAAUGAAGAGGCUAAGGUACAGAUUCCAAAUACGACUACGACCACUACAAAUGCACUAACUACUACUACGACUACGACGACAACUGCGCCAGAGGCACCGAGUAAUACGGUCAUGAAUACAGAGGCGCCAACCACGACGACCACCCACGCACCGUCACGUCUUCGCGAAAUCGACGGCAGCCUCAGCAGCUCUGCGUGGGUGUGUGUCCCGCUGCUGCUCGCCGUAUCCGCGCUGGCGUGCGCCGCUGUGGGCUAA